UUUCCACUCCCCAGUCAUAAGGCGCCUAUACGCCUUCCCUCUGAGGCCCACUGCUACUCCGAGAUCCCCUGCUGGUCUAGUCUGGGCCCACGAAGCACCCAGUUACCGUAUGUUGCCACGAGGAGGCACAGCAGGAGUCUUGAUGAUGAAGAGGUAAUACAAAGAGGCAAGAACAUUUUACUUGGGGGCAAGAUGGUGGGCAAUGGCGUGAGAUAGAUAUAAGGGAAGUAUAGUACUGUGUGUGAGCCAACAGCUGGUGAGAUAGUGAGGAAGGCCACAGUCACAGUCUGACAUACACAAGGCUUCAUCAUAACCAAAGGCUGAAACGUCUUCAAGUACCAGUCUCCAGUCCAACCAGAAUUAAUCAAGAAUAACAGUGUUUUCAUCAGCAGGUCACACACAUACAGAAAUUCACAAAGGCAUUUCAGCUCGAGAUACACACCAAAGAGGACCCACUGUGACCCGAGAAGAUGGUAUUAAGCCGUUUAUUGAAGCUGCUGCUGGUGGUGGUGGUUUCAGGAGCGACAGCAGAAGCCAGCAAACCGGACCCAAAGCUUAAGAACUUGCAGGACAUCAUAGAGGCGUGGGCUCCUCUGGUUUGGCUCCAUCCUGAAGAAGUAUUUUUCCCUUCAUCUGUCGAUUUCCACUUCCAACAUACUGAGGUGAAGACAAGUAACGAGACCGUAGUUCAGACUUCACCAGACCGAUACACCGUGCUGACCGGACCAGAUACAAGUGACAUGCAUCUCAACUCUGUCCCAGACCUCGACUGCCCAGACUGCCUCCUGGACUGGUUCGCUGGAGAGAACGCGACCCCAGUGAAAGUGUCUACCUAUGUCUUCAUCCGCGAUUAUAAUGACUCGUGCGGCACCGUCGACGUCGUGUACAGGUCCUUCUACCCAUAUAACUACGGGAAGGACGUCUGUGUAGGUAUUCCUUUGGGGGAGAAAUGUGAGGGUUUCAUGCAGUCGUUUGGUGACCACGUGGGAGACUGGGAACAUUACUCCAUCAGGAUUAGGAACAACAAGGUGACAAAAUGUUAUGUGUCAGUGCACAGUUUCGGCGCCUCGUACACCUGGAAUGAUACCACAAACAACUUUCAAUUUCUGGAAGGUGAGGAGAGUCGUGUCGCCAUUGACGUGAUCAACGUGACAUAUCCAAAGACGGUGGAGGUGGUGGAGGGAUUCCACGCUGAACUCUUCAGUGCCAAUGGAUCCCACGGCCUAUGGUCCCAGCUAGGUACCCACGAGUAUGUACACUUCCCCAUACACCUGCGUGACCAGACUGAGCGAGGUUAUCCCUGGAGGACGUGGGAGAACCUGGAGGUGGUGAACUACGAUCCUGACACAGAGUACGAGGGCGAAUUGCACUACCUGGGGUACAGAGGUCGCUGGGGAAACCUCAAGCGUGGCUGUGAAGUGUUUGAAGUCGUGUCUGGUGAGUGUAUCCUGGACAGUGGCCCUGGGUUCUGGCGUCCCUGGCCCUCUGAUUUCCCAAAUGAUUGCCCUGACUUCUAAGUUGUCCUGCUAGUCGCCUCAACCUCUGUCCUGACGUCACCAAAAACCACCCUGGCCUCCAUCCCUGCCUGAUGACCUCAACAACAACAACUCCAGACCUCUAACACUGCCCGAUAACCUUUUCAAUUAUUUGCCUGAUCUCCUGUUACUUUUCUUGCGAGUCCAUUUUUUUUUUGACUUUGGCCGGAUUAAAAAUCUUCCCAAUCUUAUAUUGUAUUUCCCCUCUACAUAAGGUUUGUCAUCCUGAUGUUUGUAACGACAUAUUCCCUGUAGACUUGUCUACCCAAACAAUACUUGGAUUAAAUUAAAUGUCUGGAGAGACAUGCAGACAGUAACUCUUGAUGUUUUAAUGCCAAUUUAUUGUCUCUAUACAGUACCUCUCUCAGUAUUACAACACACAAAAUAAAACUUUCUUAAGUGUAUCUUCAAAAGGACCGAUAUUAUUAUUCUCAUGCAUUAUUUGCUUCAAAUGAACUUUACCCCCAAAAUACAAUUGUUAAUUAUUAUCACCAUGUCGCUGUAGUUGGCAAUAUAAAGAACACAAGUAAACAGA